UUCCGAAUCUCUAUCCAAGAAAAGGGGGAUGUUUUCCCGAGACUAUUUAAGGCAACCCAGUACAUCUAGUUGCGCAAACACCUACUUACCCAGUAGCAGUGGACCCACCUCUUGUGUAAAAUAUCCCCACUUGCUGCAGAUCAACAACAUGUCAGUAGAAGUAGAUACUUCUGCACAAAAUAACAAUGGCGCUAAGUCAGCUAAGAACUGCACGAGAACGGUCUCUAUGUGUUGUCGCCUCCUCGUCCUGGAAGUGCUUCGCUUAGCGACUUUUGUCACUUGUUUCCUCUUGGUUUUUCUGUCGUUUGGUUUCGUUUCAUGUGAUUCCCCGCGCCCCUCCAGAGUCCACCGCAUCAGCCUGCAAGUGUGUGCCUGGGGAUUCUGGAGGGGCGCGGGGAUUUGGAUGGCGCCCGGGGUUCUUGGCUCGCAAUUGGGGGAAGGUUUUCGCGAGGGGAGCGCAGUAGGCGGCGAGUGUUCUGCGGAUCCGUAUCAUGCCCGGAAAGGUUGAACUCUGUCCGGAUUUUUGCCGUCCUUCGUUGAAUUUUCUCCAAUGUAGAAAAUUAUCAGAAUAGACGCAAUAUUAAAAAACAAGAAGAGCGGGCAGCUUUAUACGACCAGUUGUAGAGUGGAUGAGGAUGGUUGUCUUACAACAAAAUGGGUGACGACAAUGAAGAGUCACGACAACAUAUUACAGCAAGGAAGAGAUGAGGGAGAAGAGCUAUCUUCACUCUACCUCUCAUUCUCUCCGGUGCUCAGUCACUCCUGCCUGGGCCUUGUGUUCAGUCACUUAGACGUCACUCUCCCAUCUCUCUCUCUUUUGUUUGCUCAGUAUGCUGAGCGGGUCCCUCGUAUUGUCGCGAGCGGUAGUAUUCCUAUUGAGGAGAGUGAUAUUCCACUACUCUCUUCUUUCCUCUUUGUUACUAACUGAACACUCACAGCGCCGUGGCACCCCGACUUUACAUCGAACCAGAAGAGUCAAAAGUAGUGGGGCUUGAAGAGUCAAAAGUAGUCAAUACUCACACAUCAAGGGGAACAACUUUUCACUUCUAUUGAGGAGAGUGAUAGUGGUAACCUCUAAACUACGCGAAAGACGGAGACGGACCGGACGCACUGGCGGACAAAUUUUUUAAUG